GAAACAUAUUCCCUUCUUGGUCUCAUUCUCCUGUUGUACAUACUAUUUCAAUCUGAUCGCAGCAUCAACACACCGUUGAAUUCUUUUCUUAAAUUUCUUUCGACUACUCGUACCCAUUGUCACUCGUUAAUCCCCUGCUCUCGACCUUUGACCUCGAAAUACUUCUUUGUUCUCGACCGGUUGUGUUGUCUUCGAUUAUCGGGUUGCACGAACAAAACAAUAUAUAUCAUCACUGUUCCCGGCAGAGGAGAAUAGCAACAUUAAUAUGCGGAAGUCUGCAUAAUUGUCUUUGGCGAAAAGAGUGCAAAGUUACCUAAGAAUGUCCGCAGUCAAGGUGCUAUCUCCUCGACAAACACCUUCUCCUGUAGACCCCAAUCUGUCCACAGGGGAACAGGUGCUUCAGUUGAUUUCAAACCCUUUUCAGGCUUCGAUACAGUACAAUGCGUUCUGGGCCUCCCUGGCUACCUCUUUAGGCUUCAGUGCCGCUCUCGCCCUCCUUUUUUGCUUCGUCCGUCCGAGGAAUAACAUCAUCUAUGCUCCAAGACUGAAGAAUGCGGACAAAGACCAUGCUCCUCCACCGCUGGGGCGAGGAUUAUUCAGUUGGGUCAAGCCCGUGAAUAAGGCCAGUGAACCGUUUUUGGUGGAAAAGAUUGGGAUGGAUGCGGUCAUUUUCCUAAGAUUUAGCAGAAUGCUGCGGAACAUGUUCUUAAUACUUGGCUUGGUGGGAAUAGCCAUCAUGAUACCGGUUAACGUCACCCUGGGGAGCAAAGGCGCGUCAAAUGGUUCUUCGGCUUUCACCGUCAUGACGCCCUUGUUCAUCUGGGGUAGUGGUCUCUGGGCCCAAGUGGUGUUGGCUUGGUUUACUGAUCUCGUGGUGAUAUAUUUCUUAUGGUAUAAUUAUCGACGAGUUCACCAAUUGAGGCGAGCAUACCUGUCAAGCCCAGAAUAUCAAAGAAGCAUACACGCGCGGACUCUUCUGAUUCGGGACAUUCCUUCCCAAAUGCGGAGCAACGAAGGCAUUGCCCAUGUUAUCGAUGAAGUGAACGCAAGUGGCGCUACACCAAGAACGAGGAUUGGGAGGAACGUCAAGGUACUGCCUGACCUUGUCGAAGAAUACGAAGAGAACGUCAAAGAGCUGGAAUCCGUGCUCGCCAAGUACAUGAAAAAUCCUGACAAGCUACCAGCUCAUCGACCAACCAUGAAGGCGCCUGCCAAGUACAAAGGGACUACGGCAAACGGGAAAGUUGAUGCAAUUGAGUAUUUGACGGACCGUAUACGGACACUCGAGAUGAAGAUCAAUGACAUACGCGAGCGUGUGGACAGUCGGGAUGCCAUGCCCUAUGGCUUUGCGACGUAUGACCAGAUCUCUCAGGCUCACAUUACCGCCUUCAAGAGUCGAGGGAAGCGUCCGCAGGGCACCAAAAUCCGACUUGCACCACGUCCAAACGACCUUAUCUGGAGCAAUCUGAAGCUGUCUCGGUCUACACGACGCAGCAAACGCAUCAUGAACGGCAUCUGGAUUGCUGUCUUGACUAUUAUCUGGACGCCUAUUAACGCUGGCAUUGCUAUCUUCUUGUCCAACUUGUCGAACCUGGCUCUCGUCUGGCCAGCUUUCAGGACGUCGCUCAACGCCCACAAAGGAGGCUGGGCGAUUGUCCAGGGUAUUGCUUCACCAGCCAUCACCUCGCUUGUGUACCUUGUUCUUCCAGUCAUUUUCAGAAGACUCCAGAUUCGAGCAGGAGAUGUAACCAAGACAGACCGGGAACGACACGUCCUUCGGAAUUUGUACGGCUUCUUCACGUUUAACAACCUGAUCAUUUUUUCGAUCUUUUCGGCUGUCUGGCAAUACGUUACUCUCGUGGUUGAAUACGACAGACAAGGAAAUGAUACCUGGACAUCUUUGAGAAGGGGCAAUCUAUUUCUCGUCAUCACCACCUCAUUGUGUCAAAUCUCGCCUUUCUGGGUCACCUGGAUUCUUCAGCGCAAUCUGGGUGCCGCUAUCGACCUAGCUCAGCUCUGGCAUUUGACAUAUGUCUGGUUUGCGAGAACAUUCAUGGCACCUACUCCGCGACAAAACAUCGAAUGGACCGCACCUCCAGUCUUUGAAUACGCGAGCUACUAUAACUAUUUCCUCUUCUACACCACCGUCGCUUUAUGUUACUCGACCCUUCAGCCGAUCGUCCUGGUGGUGACGGCCCUGUAUUUCUCCAUUGAUUGUUUCCUCAAAAAGUAUCUCCUUAUGUACGUUUUUGUCACGAAAACUGAGUCCGGCGGACAAUUCUGGGUCACGAUUUUUAACAGGAUUGUCUUCGCAGCUAUGCUGUCGAACGUAAUCAUUGCGAUCGUGGUCAAGGCACGAGGCACGUGGGCACUUGUCGCGGCAAUCGCCCCGCUCUUGGUCAUCAUGGUCGCCUUCAAAUGGUACUGCAUGAAGACAUUCGAUAUGGACUUGAAGUACUAUGCGCGAGGAGGCAUGCAAGACCAGGAAAAUCUCGCUGCGACCGACAAGCACCACCCGGCGGAGAAGAUCUCGUCCAAAUUUGGACAUCCAGCAUUAUACAAACCACUCAUGACGCCCAUGGUUCACGCCAAGGCAAAGCAUCUACUCGGAGAAAUUUACCGUGGCAGACUCGACUCUGAGGGCGGCCAAUCGACGACCUUUUCAGAUAUUGCCAUGCAACCCAUGUCUCCUAACAAACCGCCACCUCCAGACGUUCCGUUCGAAAUCGUACCAGAAGCACAGCAAGAUUUCCACUUCUACAGAAACAGACCCGAGUUCCGCGAUCAAGCCGGCGACACUCUUUCCGAGCGUAGUCAAACACCCAUGUCGAUGUCUGGCUAUGGAAAGGAAAGUUACAACUCCCCGCCGAGCUCCAGACCUAUGAGUCCAGCCGUUGGUGCUCGCACUCACACACCGCCGCAAGAGUACCGUGGCGUGCCCCAUCGUAAACAAUUCGACCAAUCUCAUGUCCCCAAUCAGUUCAGAACGACCAACAAUCGUCGAUCGGUUGAAGGCGGCGAUCUCGGCUUACGGCCACAUGGACCAUACACUGAUCCGUACGGUCAGUACGAUGAUCGCACAAAUCUCCUUCACGGCGUGGGCGACGUCCGAACACCUACUGGCGAGUUCAUGUCGAUGGACCGGUGGCGGAGUCCUAGCCAAAGCAGAGACAGGACAUCUACGCAUACUCCAGUCGAUGAAUUGAACUCGGGCUACGACUAUUUCAGAGGAAGACGGUGAUUUGUGACAUGUUUUGUGCCAAGUUUGAAAAUUGGAAAGUUGUGUAAGAAGAUUCAUCUCGAGGUGAUGAGCACGAGUUUGCGUGUUUGCAUGUUUCGGGAUUAGAAGGACCAAACAAAUGGAGAUGAAGCGCAUUUUACGAUGAUAUGAAAAUCCAAAAGCUCAGUAAUGAUUUGAAGAAAGAUAGAAUAGAAUGUCUUCUCUUUGGUUUCAAGCAUUGAAAUCAACAAUUGCAGUGUCUAGUCUGACCUACCAAAACCAAG